GGGGCGGGAAGUACAAAUUGCUUCUCCCGGAAGCUUUAAAACAUAAAGCAUUCCUCUUCAAUUUUCCAGUUUAAGCAGGACUGUAGUCUCUCUCUCUCUCUCUCAAUCACUAUGGCGCGAAACAAGGAAGGAUUGCUUUUGCUGCUCGAUGUCAGUCCAUCAAUGCACAAUCUUCUCCCGGAGAUUGAAAAAGUUUGCUCCAUGCUUAUACAAAAGAAGCUAAUUUAUGGCAAAAGUGAUGAAGUUGGAGUUGUUCUGUUUGGAACUGAAGAUACUGAUAAUGAGCUGACAAAGGAAGUGGGUGGCUAUGAACAUGUGGUGGUGCUACGACACAUCAAAGUUGUUGAUGGAGAUAUGAUUGAAGCUUUACAGAAGCUUCCCAGGGGAACUGCGCCUGGUGAUUAUCUGGAUGCAAUUGUGGUGGGAAUGGAUAUGAUGAUAAAGAAAUAUGGACCUACAAACAAGGGAAAGAAACGCCUUUGUCUUUUGAUGAAUCCAUUGUACUGCAUUAAAGAGCCGUACGAGGGAACAAAAGAAGAUCAGAUUGAUACCAUUGCUACACAAAUGAAUUCUCAUGGCAUGAAACUGGAUUGUGUAAUCGUGAGAGGCAAAUUAACUGGUGAUGCAGAUACAAGGAUACUAGAUGAGAAUGAUCAUUUACUGAAUCGAUUUUCAAAGAGGACAUGUGGAAAAAUGGUAUAUGUUGAAAGUCCUACAUCCCUGUUAGGUGCUCUCAGAACUCGAAAUAUAUCUCCUGUUACAAUAUUCAGGGGUGACCUUGAAUUAAGCCCAAGAAUGAGAAUCAAGGUGUGGGUUUACAAGAAAACCUCUGAGGAGAAGUUUCCCACACUAAAGAAGUAUUCUGAUAAAGCACCUCCAACUGAUAGAUUUGCUACUCAUGAGGUUAAGGUAGAUUAUGAAUAUAAAAGAGUUGAAGAUACGAAUAAAAUUGUACCCCCAGAACAAAGGAUAAAAGGUUAUCGCUAUGGACCUCAAGUAGUCCCUAUUUCAUCUGCUGAAUGGGAUGCAGUCAAAUUCAAGCCAGAAAAAAGUGUGAAGCUUCUGGGAUUUACAAACGCUUCUAACAUAAUGCGGCACUAUUAUAUGAAAGAUGUGAACAUCUUCAUUGCCGAACCCGGAAACACAAGGGCCAUUCAAGCAGUUUCUGCAAUAGCAAGAGCAAUGAAGGAGAUGAAUAAGGUGGCGAUUGUACGGUGCGUAUGGAGACAAGGGCAGGGCAAUGUUGUUGUUGGCGUUUUGACACCAAAUUUGUCCAAGCAGGAUAACAUCCCGGAUUCAUUUUAUUUCAAUGUACUUCCUUUUGCUGAGGAUGUUCGAGAGUUUCAGUUUCCCUCCUUUAGGAGUUUCCCUUCAUCGUGGCAGCCGAAUGAACAACAGCAAGAGGCAGCAGACAAUUUGGUCAAGAUGCUUGACCUUGCACCACCAGGCAAAGAAGAAGCUCUGCAUACUGAUUUUACACCGAAUCCUGUCUUGGAGCGCUUCUAUCGAUUCCUUGAAUUAAAAUCAAAGCAGCCAGGUGCAGCAGUUCCUCCACUUGACAACACUCUUAAAAAAAUAACUGAACCUGAUUCAGAACUUCUUUCUCAAAACAAGUCUGCUGUAGAUGAAUUUUGUAAGCAGUUUGAGCUUAAGGAAAAUCCGAAGAUAAAGAAGUCAUCUAAACGAUUGUGGAGAGAAAAAACAUCAAGAUCAAAUGAGGAAAAGAAUGUGGGAGAUACUGGUACUGAUGCUCAAAGUGGCAAUUCGAGUAGGAGUGAAUCCUCAAUAAAGGUUGAGAGGAUUGGAGAUUUGACUCCUGUCCAAGAUUUUGAAGCCAUGAUGUCUCGUAGAGAUAGCACAGAGUGGGUCAUUAAGGCAAUUAGUAACAUGAAAGGUUUUAUUUUUAACUUGCUGGAGAACUCCUAUGAACAGGACAACUUUGAAAAGGCAUUGGAAUGUUUAACAUCUCUUCGAAAAGCUUGCAUCCUUGAGCAGGAACCGGAACAAUUCAACAACUUUCUUCACGAACUUUAUAUGUUCUGCCAGAAGGAAGAUCUAAGCAGCUUCUGCGAGUUACUUGCAUCGAAACAGAUCAAGUUGAUUACCAAGGCGGAAGCCAUAGACAGUAAUGUGACAGAAGAUGAGGCCAAAAAUUUCCUUGUUAAAAGGGAGCACGUUCUUGAAUAAGGGGAUGCAUUGAAGUAAAUGGCUUGGAUUAUUGUGUCAAGCAUUGGAAGCAAUUCAUUUUAAGAAAAUUGUCUCUUGGUCUUGCUGGGAUGUACAGAUGUGAACUGCAAUUAGUAUCUAUUUCUUCUUGUGACUGAGGGUGUCUGCAAGUGGGCAUGAAUUGUGUAGCAAA